GAAUGGAGUGUAUGUUUCAAUAGGGUAUGGUGCAUUUGUGCCGAAACUGGGUUGGGCCGAUUCGGAUUGCUAUAACUCUGUUAGGAUUCCGAUACUCUGUUUAUUCGGCUGGCACAAGUCCUCCAUUCUCAUGCGCCUCCCUCGCGGUAAAAGCCAGUGAAUUCGUCAGGCACAGUGUUCCAAUCCAGUGCGCGUCAAUUUCCAGUAUGCCUUCCAUGCCUUCCACCCCGCACACCAAGGCCAGGUGCCCGCUGUACCCCGGCUCUGAGAUUCACAGAUUUCCAGUUCCAGAUGAAAAGGUGAAGUGGGAGACGGACUGGCCCCAGUAUAAACCCGUGAGCUAUACUGCUCCGUCUGUGCUGAAGAAGCCAGUUUGGGCUGAUCCAGAGAUAGGCUCUUUUUCCCCCCGGUUCAAUGCUCUGGAUGGGUCAGUGGAUAGGAGGAGCCAUGAGGGAGAGUUUAAAGUGCAGCAGGGGUUGCCGCUUAAUCCUCAUGGCCGUACUGGUUUGACUGGGAGAGGUUUACUGGGACGUUGGGGUCCUAAUCAUGCCGCAGAUCCCAUUGUAACCAGAUGGAAAAGAGACUCAGCUGGUCAGCCUAUGUUAAACCCAAGCUCCAAGCUUCCAGUUCUGCAGUUUGUCUCCAUCAAGCGCAAAGACUGUGGGGAGUGGGCAAUACCAGGGGGUAUGGUGGACCCAGGGGAGCUAGUGUCUCUCACUUUACAACGGGAGUUUUCAGAGGAGGCGCUGAACUCCCUCAUGGCCGACCCCCAGCAGAGGGAGAAACUCCAUGAGCGCAUCACACGGCUGUUCAACUCACCAGGCCUGGAGGUUUAUAAGGGGUAUGUUGAUGACCCUAGAAACACAGAUAAUGCCUGGAUGGAAACAGUUGCAGUCAACUUCCACGAUGAGACAGGUGACAGUGUAAGUGAGCUUCCGUUACAAGCAGGUGAUGACGCGGGUCAAGUCAGCUGGGUUGACAUUGACUCCACCCUCUCGCUGUAUGCCAGCCACUCACAGUUCCUGGAGACCACUGCUAAGGAGAGACAUGCUCACUGGUAAUCACCAAGAAACAGUGAAAGAGAUGCACUCUUAUUGAAACACAGUGGAAUGGUCAACUGUUGCUAACUUAGUAAUGUGACAAACUUGUGGACACAUGUACUUAAUAUCUUAUACACACACACACACACUGUGCAGCAGGGCUACUCAGCUUUAGUCCUGGGACCAGAAGGUUUAUCCAUCUCCCUUUAAACUUCAAAGGGUGAAACUAAACCAACACGACAGACUGGUGCACAAAAUUUAACUGAGUUAUAAAUAUAGUCAUACUAUACUGAGUCCACUCUAAAUGCAUCAGCAUGGCAUGUUGUUCAAAUGCUCAAAUGUGUUCUUUUGCCGAUAGACAUGAGGGUUGGAUGGUUACCAUCUGGGGACUGUCACAAAAACCCCAUAAAAAUACCGAGGCUGCAGCUAAUUGUGUUCUGUCAAUACGGACUCCAAGUCAUUUUUGGGUAAAUGACACAGCUUAGAUCCAAUCCCAACUCAGCCUGUGCUUGGAACAAGCCUCUUAGCCAACUGAGUCACUCAGGAGUGCCACCAUUUAUUAGUUAAUUAUUCUUUACAAGUGCAGUACCUCUUGCACUCCUUCAGACUUCUGAAUCUGCUGAUUCUUCAGAAUGUGUGUUGGGUAGCUCUGCUCCACCACCACUUCUUCACUGUAGUCUGAACUGGUCAUCACAACCACAUGACACAAUCAACGUCACACAUACGCACAGUCAUCCUGUGUACAUACAGUCUUUAUUGAGUGUAAUUGAUAUAAGGGGCGCAUGAUGGAUGGUACCAUCACCCCCUGUAGUUGAGUGAAUAGAGUAAGUUUAGAUGCUUAUUCUUAUGAUCUAUGGGUUUUUGCAGACCAUGCUGAAAUGUUUUUGCCUGAAGUGGUAUCUGAAUGCUUGUGUAGAGUGCCAGUUAAGACCUCGGUUGGAGCAAGGAUAACAGGUUGCUCCUGUCCACAUGCGCAAGAUGCCUAAUUAUUCAUGCCAUAAAUUAGUGACACAGAUUCGCACUGGGUGUGAGUUACAGUGACCUUGUUCAGUAACUCAUAAGUAAUGAAGUUCCUCUGAAGACUUAAUCAAUGGAGAGUAACGUCACUGGGAAAUAGCAAACCCUGAAACACACUGCCUCUUUGUGUCUUGCAGCUUUGGCACCACAAAUGAUAUCACAAAAAAUGAACUUGCACUAAAAAUAACUGAGGAUAUUUCUGUCAUGUUUACGUAAUUAUUUACCCAGCUAUGGUUUUGUUCACAGGGUGAAAAUAUGAUUUUAGAUUAAUAUUGAAUUAAUCUUUAAAUGAAGGUGUAGAAUAUACAACAUUACAUCCAUAUAAAAGUAUAGAAUAUAUGAAGGAAUAUUUUAAUGGGAAGUUAAACAACAUUGUGAAGGGAAGUUCACAUAUUGUUUAGGAAAACACUAUGGGAUUUACUGGUCAAUCUUUGUCUAUGCUGUCCUGUUUGCUAAAAGUACUCGAGCAUCGCUAUUUCUGUCUGCCUCAAUGAUGUAUUGCAUUGUGUCUUUUUCCAUCAGCAAGGCCUAAUAAAUACUCUUAACUGUAAAAGAAUAUACUUGUCAUUGCUGUCAUCUCAUUCUGUUGUCUUAAAUGUGCGGCGUCAGUGCAAUGUCAGAGAAUUUAGAUUCCUGUACAUUGUGUUCACCCUCAACCUCUAGUGGUAAAAUGUUACUGUGCCUCUUUGAUGAAGACAGACAGAUACAAAACCCUCAAAGAGAGAGUGAAAACAUGGCAUUUUUUUUGGCAAUUAAUACUUUA